AGUUGUGGGAGGGGAGGAGGAAGCGGCGGAGGGGCGUGGGGGCCGGUCCCAGAAGAUGGCGGAGGCGGGGGAUUUCUGGUAGGUCCUAUUUUAGGACGAGAUGCAAUAUUGUUGAAACGCCAAUCUGCUUUCGUUCAGGCAGUUGGCUUUUCAGCUGAGAAGCCAUUUCUUCUUCCUCUUUUUAAAAUUUUUUUGCUGACUUACUGAACUUAUGAAACCAUGGCGGAAGGAAAGACACAGUCACCUGGGCCCAAAAAGUGUGGUCCCUAUAUCUCAUCUGUCACUAGCCGAACUGUGAACUUGAUGAUUCGAGGAGUAGUGCUGUUUUUUAUUGGAGUAUUUCUUGCAUUAGUGUUAAAUUUACUUCAGAUUCAGAGAAAUGUGACGCUCUUUCCACCUGAUGUGAUUGCAAGCAUCUUUUCUUCAGCAUGGUGGGUACCGCCAUGCUGUGGCACAGCUUCAGCCGUGAUUGGGUUAUUAUACCCCUGCAUUGACAGGCAUCUAGGAGAACCACAUAAAUUUAAAAGAGAGUGGUCCAGUGUAAUGCGGUGUGUAGCCGUCUUUGUUGGUAUAAAUCAUGCCAGCGCUAAAGUGGAUUUUGAUAACAACAUACAGUUGUCUCUCACACUGGCUGCACUAUCCAUUGGACUGUGGUGGACUUUUGAUAGAUCUAGAAGUGGCUUUGGCCUUGGAAUAGGAAUUGCUUUCUUGGCAACUUUGGUCACUCAACUGCUAGUCUAUAAUGGUGUUUAUCAAUAUACAUCUCCAGAUUUUCUCUAUGUUCGCUCUUGGUUACCAUGUAUAUUUUUUGCUGGAGGCAUAACAAUGGGAAACAUUGGUCGACAACUGGCAAUGUAUGAAUGUAAAGUUAUCGCAGAAAAAUCUCAUCAAGAAUGAAGAAGGCAAAAACAUAUCUUUUGUACAGAAAAACAAGACGAAAAGGGCAUGUAAAUGAUAGCUAUACCAACAAUACUUCGGACUAUAAAAUUGCCAGGAUGCAGUUUUUCCCUUAAUUGGUGUGUGUAUACAUAUAUACACAUAUACACACAUACAUAUGUUACUGCAAUCUGUGAUUGCUUCAUCUGUAAAUCAAGUACAAACCUUUAUGUAUUUGACUUAAAUAACUGUAAAAUAUAUAUGCACUACAUUAAAAAACAUGUUGAUUAAUAGAUGAAAUUUUUAAUUUUUUAGACAUACCAUAUAUUGUAUCACAAUGUUGAUGUGCCAAAAUAUUCAGUUAUCGUCAUGCAGAGUAUAAGAAUGCUUUGAACAAUUUAUAGACUUACUGAAAUAAAAUAUGAGGAAAGCCAAAAAAAAAAAAGCAAAUGGAAAGUGGUAUAUUCUCUUUUGCUUACUGUUGUGCCUUUUUAUUUUUCUAAUAUAUAGCAGUAUGAGUUAUGGGUGCCCUAAUGUGUGGUUAGUUUCUAUUUUAAUGUUGUCUCAGAGAGCUUUGGGUGUUUUAAUAUAUGAUGAAAAAGAACUUCCAGGGAACAUUUUCAUACCUGCAUUACUGAAGAGAGUCCAAAGAGUAAGUUUUGUUUUAACAGAUUUUACUAGAGGUGAAAGUGAUCAGCAGGAGAGUUUAUCAGCAUCAAAUUGUUUUGAGUCUAAAUCUGGAAGAAUACAUAUAAUUAAAAGUAAAGACCAUUGAAAAAUUUAACUAGAGUAAAUAUGUUUUACAAAUACAAAAUGACCUUCUGGAGUGCCACAAAGUGUUAAGUGAUAUUAACUGUCAGUUGCAGUACAGUAUUCCACUGCUUUUGCACAUGGAACACAUAAGAAUUCCUGAACAGGUAAAAUGAAGUUUCUAGUUGUCUUGGGUUCUAUAAUCUGUUGGGUUCUUUAAAGAGAACCAUUUGAGCUGGGCUGCUUCAUAUGAUUGAUUGUCAGUGGAUUGCAUCCAAGGAGUGGAUGGGCACAUAAUUUAUGUAUCCAUGUGCCCAUCAAUAAACAGUUCAAGAAUGUGUUGUUUUAGAAUGUAUUGGGAUGGCAUAUUGCACAUGGUAAAGAUCCUGGUAACAGUUUUGUGCAUAUUUUUCCAACAACUAGAGCCUUUUGAGUACAAUUUAAACAUAGUCUUAGUUAACCUUUUCCCCCAGUUUUUAUUUUUGAAAUUGAUGACAGUUGUCUGAUACACGAGGGUGAAAUCUGCUUACUUUGGAGGGGUAUGUAUGUGUGUGUGUGUAGGACUGAGUGAGGGAGAGAGAGUGUGUGUGUGUGUGUGUGCGUGCAUGUGCUCAUGCUCUCUUAAUAUGUCAACUAGAUAUUUUUCCAGUUUUGAUUUUAAAACCAUUUCUGUCAGACUGAGAUCUUGUAUGCCAAACUUUAAUCUGCUCUUAUGUUUUAAGGCUGAAAGUGUGAAAAUCCUAAGAGGAUUUCCUAUUGAAUAUACGUACACAAUCUUAACUAUAGUGGUGGUAAACAUACUACUGUAAUUUAUUAUUCUAUCUUCCAGAUAAUGUUAUUCAUUUAGAACAAAUAAGAUAUUUUUAGAAUCAACUUUGUAAGCACUAUAAUUCUUUAAUAAGUUAUAAGGUCUAUGAUGUGUUUACUUUGAAAUUUGCUGUUUAAAGCAAGAUGUAUUAAAUAUAUAAUUAUCAUCUUGGUUAAGA